CAUUAUGACAGUUGACAGCACAGAACACACUAAGGUAUGUUCUGAGAUUAAUUGUAAGAAAUUUUAGGUUAUAAGAUUUAAAUAAAAAAUUUGGUAGAUUUAACAUGCCCUUACUACAAAUAUUUAACCCAGUUAAAAUAAUAUGCAGAAAUAUAAGCAAACGACAAUUUAUUUGGUAUAAUGAAGGAAUACAAUAUCCUGGUUUUAAAUAUUAUCCUAGAUACCCGGAUUUUGAGGAUCCUCCUUACGAACCAACAAAAUUAUUUAGAGUUGAAGUAAUCAAACCACUAAAAGGAGCACCUUACUGGGAAAAACAUAUUUUGAAGGAAUUCAAACUUGAUGGAAAGAAAAAUUCUUAUGUGAUUGUUAAGAAUAUACCAGAAAAUAACCAAAGGUUAUGGAAAAUUAAACAUAUGAUUAAAAUUACACCUAUAACUUUCCCUGACGGUUUCCCAAAAGAAGAUGAUAUAACUUACCUUCAAGAAAAUGGCGAAUUGAAGAUUAUCAAAAAAGUUAAUUCUGUUCAUGAAAACAAAUUGGAAAUAUCAGAUAAUUUCCGAAGCGAUGUUAAGCGUUUGGAUGGUGAUACAUUGAGAAGACAAAGUAGAUUGAAAUGGUUAAGUGGCUGGGAUUCUCCUUAAACCUAUAAAUGUAAAUAUAAUUGAUACAUUUAA